AUGGCGCUCGCACCGCUGGGAACGCAAGUGCGCCCGUACAGAGACUACCUGACGCCUGCUCUGCACCGAAGAUUCAACAAGGCCAGUCGAUACACGCUGCUGCUAUGCUAUGCGAUCGCAUGCUGGAUGGGAGAAUGGGACAACAUGCUAUGGCUGUGGUUUCCUCUAGGCCUCACUGGCAUUCGGACCCUCCUCAUAUUUCUCUCCGCCCUUUCCAUCUACGUCCUUCGCGUCGCACAGUGGCAUGUUGGCCGCCGCCAAACAGAGACCCGAUUCGAGACGUUCAAGAAAUACUUCUUCCGUCCGGCGACACUGAUCACGCUUGUCGCGUACGCUUUCUCCGCGAUGCUGUUUGUCGAAACUUAUAUCUGGUCGCGGGGCACUCAAGCCAGGCUCAACUUCAUCGAGGCCGGCCGCAUGCACGAGCGAUUCCGGCUGAACGAGAGGCCGCUCUACCUGCGCUAUCUCUUCUACCUACUAUCAGCAGCACAAUCGGGGGUACACUUGUGGAGGGACUACGACAAGAUUGAGUUGCAGGCGAUGAAGCCUAACAAGGAGCGGGGUGACGCGACCACUUCCACACCGGCACGACGGGGUCCCAAGCCCAGACAUGUUCUUACGAGAUCGCUCAAGGGCAUUGCAACACAUUCGACCUUCUUGGCUUCGGUCGUUGCAGCUGCCGGUUUCUGCCUUUACUACCUCGGAACCCGAAACCUGAUCUGGAGCUACUACUACAGCUUCAGUCGAUACCUCUGGAGCUUGUCCAAGACUUCCACACCUACAGGACUUGCUCCAUUCCUUCCUCUGUGCUUCAUGUUCGUCACAGAAGGAACGCUUCUCGUUGUGCUCUGGGAGUUUGUCAACAAGACCUUCGAUGUGUACCUCGCACAGGAGCCCUUGAAGAACGAUGUGCCCAUCACCAACGACUCUACCGACCCCAAUGGAUCCCUUUUGAACGGACUCAAGUCGAAGAAGGAUACUGUCAAGGCCAUUGCUUUCUGGGAGCUAGCCCUCAUCACCGACGCCUUUCCCGAGCGCCGCAAGACUAUCUACAGCGAGAUGGAUCGUAAGAAGGCUCCGACACAUCAACAAGUUACGGAUAUCUGUCUGGGACAGCUCAAGUGGCUUAUCGAACGUGUCAGUGCUGGUCUCGAUCCAGCCUACCAGCCCAGCGACGCAUCAGGUCAAGACAAGCCAACCGGGCCUAUCAAUCUGGUUCCUCGUAUCGCACAACCGCUAAAGGACGACAAGCCGAUUGCUGCUGCGCCACCACAACCAAGUACCAGGUGGGAACAUGUCGAAGCAGCAACCGCCAGUAUUGCAAAGUCACACAGCGCUCCAGGAAACGCACAGCAAGCAUACAGUCGGGAAGCCAUCAACAAAGGAAUGAAGAAGGCCCAAGAAGGUGCCCGGGAAGCCGAGUCGUUCUUCACGACUUAUUACAACAAGCUUGUUUCUUCCCCGGUCGGCUUAUUGUUCCAGCAUUCCUUCCAACGCACAUCGAAUAUUGUCGUCCUCGGCGCACCUUACUCUCAACUUUCCCAAGUCUGCAAUGCCGCGACUGCACUAGCAAACCUUGCAGUGUUUUCUCUUGCCGAAGACAGCUUAGGACGCUUUCACCAAGGAAUACCAAGCAUAGUGCGCAUAUUCACUAUUGCGCUGAAGAAGAUCGAUGAGUACAUGGACACAGCUCCUAUACACUGGAGCGACAAGGAGACGAACGGCAAGCCAGAAGCGGAGAGGAGGAAGGUGCCUGAAGUAGAUGAAGCCAGAGAAUGUCUCAGACAAGGUCUUGAGAAGGUUCUUGGCAGCUUCAACGAAUACCUAAGCGGUAUGGGUCUCAGCAGGCUGGAGAUUAUGGAGGCAAAGAAGGUGGUGGGUGUCAAGAAAGCGCCAGAGAUGAUUCAGGCGGGGGCGAAAUAG